UGUUUUUUUUACUUUAGUACUGAUAGAGAUGGACACUGACAGAGUCCAUGCUGUUCUACCCGAACCCCCAAGUCAAAUCGAAGAAGAAAAAGUGGAAGAAAAGGCCAUUGGGAAUUUUUGCGCUGAGUUAGAGUCUGUGGACCUGCCUCUGGGAACUACUUUGAGGUCUAUCUAUGAUGACCAGCCCAAUGCCCAUAAACGGUUUAUGGAAAAACUGGAUGCCAGGAUAAGGAACCAUGACCGUGAGAUUGAAAAGAUGUGUAAUUUCCACCACCAAGGCUUUGUGGAUGCCAUCACAGAGCUUCUUAAAGUUCGCUCUGAUGCAGAGAAACUGAUGGGUCAGGUGACAGACACUAAUAGAAGACUACAGGAAGCAGGGAGAGAAGUAACAACUCAGACAGAGGAAGUGAUUGGCUGUCGUAUCCAGCAGAGGAACAUGACCACCACAGCGGAGAAGCUCCAACUCUGUAUGCCAGUGCUUGAAAUGUACAGCAAGCUAAAAGAGCAACUGGAUUGCAAAAGAUACUAUGCUGCAUUGAAAACCAUGGAGCAGCUGGAGAAGGUGUACAUUCCAAGGGUCAGUCAGUAUCGGUUCUGUCAGAUCAUGGCAGAAAAUCUGCCCAGACUGAGGGAGGAAAUCAAAGAGAUCUCAAUGUCAGACCUCAAGGACUUCCUAGAAAGCAUUCGGAAGCAUUCAGACAAAGUUGGAGAGACUGCAAUGAGACAGGCACAGCAGCACAGGACCUUCAACAGUGCUGUAGCAAAGCAGGUCCACAUAGGCAACUACAGCAAGCCUGUGUAUUCCCUGAGCGGACGGACACACAUGCACAUUUCCAAUGGCCUCCUGACAGACGAAGACACCGGAGACGAAGAGGAAGCAGAUGAAGAAAUUCUUACAGCUCAGGACCUGGUGGACUUCUCCCCCGUCUACAGGUGUCUUCAUAUUUACACCGUGCUGGGUGACAGAGAAACAUUUGAGAACUACUACAGGAAACAGAGGAAGAAACAGGCCCGCCUAGUGUUGCAGCCACAGGCUAACAUGCAUGAAACGGUGGACGGCUACAGAAGAUACUUUAACCAGAUUGUGGGGUUUUUUGUGGUGGAAGACCACAUCCUCCAUGCCACGAGGGGGCUGGUGACCAGAGCUUUCACCGAUGAGCUGUGGAACAUGGCCUUGUCUAAGAUCAUUGCUGUCCUCCGCACACACUCUUCAUAUUGUGAGGACCCGGACCUUGUUCUGGAGCUGAAGAACCUUAUAGUUAUCUGUGCCGACACACUACAGGGUUAUGGAUUCCCAGUAAAUCGACUCUUUGACCUGCUAUUUGAGGUCCGAGACCAGUACAAUGAAACACUGCUGAAAAAAUGGGCUGUGGUUUUCAGGGAGAUCUUUGAGUCAGACAACUACAGCCCUAUUCCAGUGGAAACAGAGGAGGAGUAUAAACUGGUGAUCAGUCGCUUUCCCUUCCAUGAUCCUGAGAUUGAAAAGCAGGACUUUCCCAAGAAGCUGCCGAUGUCCCAGUCUGUCCCUCAGAUCUACACACAGGUCAAAGAGUUCAUUUAUGCAAGCCUCAAGUUCUCUGAGUCACUACACCGCAGUUCAACAGAGAUCGACGACAUGUUGCGAAAAUCUACCAACCUGCUGCUGACCAGAACUCUGAGCAGCUGUUUGCAAAACCUAAUUAAGAAACCGCACAUCGGACUGACUGAGCUUGUGCAGAUUAUUAUAAACACCACUCACCUGGAGCAGGCCUGUAAAUAUCUGGAGGAGUUUAUAACAAACAUCACCAACGUUUCACCUGAAACCAUUCACACCACCAGACUCUAUGGCUUGUCCACAUUUAAGGAUGCUCGUCAUGCGGCAGAGGGAGAGAUUUACACCAAGCUGAACCAAAAAAUUGAUGAGUUUAUUCAGCUAGCAGACUAUGAAUGGAGUAUGGCAGAGUCCGAUGGCCGGGCCUCAGGAUACCUCAUGGACCUCAUCAACUUUCUGCGUUCUACUUUUCAGGUCUUCACACAUCUUCCGAAUAACAACAAUGACCAUGCAUCAAUGUCGGGAAAAGUGGCCCAGACAGCAUGUAUGUCAGCAUGUAAGCAUCUGUCCACAUCGCUGAUGCAGAUGCUCCUCGACACAGAACUCAAGCAGAUCAGUAUGGGAGCCAUACAGCAGUUCAACUUGGAUGUCAUACAGUGUGAAUUGUUUGCCAGUUCAGAGCCAGUACCUGGCUUUCAAGGUGACACGCUCCAGCUAGCCUUCAUUGACCUACGACAGCUCCUGGAUCUGUUCAUGGUGUGGGACUGGUCAACUUACCUGGCCGACUAUGGUCAGCCCAACUCCAAGUACCUUAGAGUUAAUCCAGCUACUGCACUGGCUCUGCUUGAAAAAGUCUACAGGGGAAUGAAAGACACCAACAAGAAGAACAACAUCUUCUCUCAGUUCAGGAAGAAUGACCGAGACAAGCAGAAGCUGAUAGAGACUGUGGUCAAACAACUCAGAAGUCUUGUCAAUGGCAUGUCCUCCUAGAAAAACACAUACAUGUGUGAUUUGUAUGCCCAAUAGCCAGAUCUUAUGCAUGCAUUCACAUGCACACAUCGGCCCGGUGAAAAGCUUCCUUCAGAACAUUUUGACAAAUACAAAUUAGUUUCAAUGAACAUCCAGUAAUCAUAUGCAGAGGAUCACAUUCAACAAACAGACAGAUGAGUGUUCACACACACUUAACGGUUGCAUGGUCAUAAACAUCAGCUGAGGCCGCUGUAUUUCACUGUCUGUACAAAGCAUGCAGGGAACCUCCUGCCUGCCGACGUGUCUCUGUUAGACCUGUCCAAGGAUUUAUGCACACACUCCAAACUAUUAGUGGACUUGUCACAGGAUUGGAGAGAAAAUGUUUGUCAGUGGCUCUUUCAGACAAGCUGUUUUGUACAUUUUUAAAAAUGGAUUAUUGUAGUUGUAUUUAGAGACUGGUAAGAACAGUAAGUGACAGAAAAGGUACUGGAACAACCAUAAGGUCCAAACUCAUGGCACCAGGCCUGGAUAAGACCUGAUAUUUUCCUGCACUUCAUUCAGAACAAUAACAAACAUUAUAAAUCUGGAUCUAUGAAGUUAUUUACAGUGAUCCACAAAUACUUUCAUAACAAUAAUACCCAGGUUAAGGCAACAUUUCAGUUCUAACUAAUCAUGUUAACGUCUCCUUAUUAAUCAUUCAGUUAAAUGUGAGCUUCAUUUCAAAACUCAAAAAAGUUAUGUAUUUACUUACACUCCAGAGAUUAGGCUGAGUUUGUGUUUGUGUGGGUGUGUCCAUGUAAAAGAUGUAAACUGAAUUAUUUAUUACUGAUCUUUUUGGAAUUUUAGUUAUUUAUAUUAUUGUUCAGGAUGCUCCUUACGUGUGUGUGUGUGUGUGUGUGUGUGUUCCUGUCUUGGCAUCAGAGUGAGAACCAUUUUCCCGAUUUCACCAUCAAAUUGAGGACCGUUUGUACCAAAGUGAGGACAUUUUGCUGGUCCUCACGACCU